AGAUAAAAAUUGAAAAAUGACGCUCUCAGUUGAUCAGGUGCUGGAAAAGAUCGGAGAAUUUAACAAAUAUCAAUGGAUAUUGCUUGGAAUUUUUGGGUAUUCUGUCUUUGCUAUCGGUGCCUUUCCUGUCAUGAUCGUGACAUUUAUAACAGCUGAACCAGAUUGGCAAUGUGUAAAGGGAUAUAACAGUUCUAUCUGUAAUUUUACUACAUCAAUUGGAUUGACGAGUGAUGAUUAUAAAGCAAGAUGUGAUAUGCCGAGAGAAGCCUGGACAUACGUUGAUGGUUUUACUUCAACUGUGACUGAGGUAUAAUUACAGCUUAAACAUUGGUACCCUGUUUUUUGUUAGUCAUCGGCGUCACAAGCUUGACAUUCGACAGGAUACACAAGAUUUAUUUUCUAGCUUUUCUUGUGUACAUUUCACGGUAAUUAGGACUCGUAUUGGUGCACAUUUAUUUUCUUGGGAUAAAUUCGCUUUGUAUACUGGAUUCCCUAAAUUAUUGAAGUAGCAUUCUUGCAAAGCUGUGAAAUAUGUGUAUCGAAAAAUGUGAAAUAUGUGUAUCGCUGAAAUAAAUGACUUGACGUUUACAAGAUUCAAUGUUUGGUUUUUAAUACAUACUUAUUUUUUGACGCUCUGUUAUUUCGCUUUCCUAAAAUGUUGGUUUACUACAGUAUAUCAUGUCUUGCUCUGGACGACAUCAUGUGGUUGUCAAAGGCUCCAAAAAGUGCGAACAAUGACUCGGUUUUCGAGUUAUAUUUGAAUGAUAUUUAUACUAGUAUAACAAAAAGUUAGUGAAAUUGCUGCCGUAGGUGUAUUCGCGUUGCGAACAAGUUAGCGCUUAACUUUGAUUACCUUAUGUUUGACAUGGAGGCCUGGUUACCAACGCGUCUCAACGUCAGUGUUACAUGACCGUAAUGGCGUAAUUCGUAAUCAAAAUGACGCCAUGGUGCUAGCCAGUGUGCUGAGAGGCAUUCACCCCCUGAUAAUAUUCAAAAUGGUGGACCUCCAUAAGCGCACUGGGUAGGACCAUGGCGUCAGCAUUUUGAUGAUGAAUCAUGUGGCAGCCAGGGGCGUAACGUUAUAUCAGGGGGCCCCCAGUUCAAAAUUUUCAAAGCCCCCCCCCUAGUAGAAGUGCCAGUUGAACGCCAUAUAUGCACAAGUUUUCUAGGGGUCCAGGGCAUGCUCAGCCGGAAAAUGUUUGAAUCUAGAGUCUCUGAAAUGCCAUUUCCCGGACCAAAGGGAGAGAUUUUACAGAAUUCUGAUGGUCAAAAACGACAUUGUGACAUAUCAGAGGCCGGCCUGGCCAACGUUUUUGCUCUACAGCCUGACCCUGGGGGCCCCCAUUUGACCCAUUGGGGUUGGGGGCCCCCGGGUUCGCCUGGUGCGAGCCCAUAGUAGUUACGCCACUGGUGGCAGCAUCGUGUGGCAGCUGCAAUGCAUUGCAGGUAAUCCACAACAAAAUUUGUUAAUUGUCUUGAAUAUAGUACUAAUAUAGUGAUGGGUUGUAGGAGGUAUUUAAGUAGUUGUAAUGAAAUAACUUGCAAUACUCUACCAAUAAAAAGUUAUACACCGUAAACCUCCGACUAUAAGCCCCCCUGAAUAUAAGACCUCCCCCCUGAAUAUAAGACCUGCCCCCUGAAUACAAGGCCCGCCCCCUGAAUACAAGCCCCGCCCCCUGAAUACAAGCCCCGCCCCCCGAAUAUAAGACCACCAAAUAUAAGUCCCCCGAAUAUAAGCCCAGUAGCCCACUACGUUAUUCAACACUGACAUUGUCUUUUAAAGGGGCCCUACAGUCAUUUUUUAGUUGAAAAGCCACCUUAAGUAUUGUUUACAUUUUUGUUAUUGUCGCUACUGGACAUGCGCACCACGGCAUGCAUGCGCCUUCCGGUGUGCGGAAGUACUCAUAUACAGGUGCUCAUAUCAACAUAUUUAUAUUAUCGAGAAAAGGACGUCUGAUGCCCGAUAGAUCAUUGCUUCUCACACUAUAACUAUUAAAAUGCGCACCAAUUGAAUUCAGGCACGAUAUUGCUCAAUUGUUACCCCCAUUUAACCAAAUGCAAUAUAUAUCACUGCGACUUGAUCUAUCAGCGGCAGUAAUAGAGGUCUGUAAAAUUUGCAGUUUUAUAUGAUAUACUGUAGCUCUGAGUCACGUGAUACCUUCGUACAAUGGCUCUCGUUUGUUUUGAACACAAUGGCUCUCGUUUGUUUCCGUUUGUUUGUUUAGAAUUGAUGUAAAUUUUAUUUGAGUUGCCUGUUUGGCCACCGUGACCAACACGCAGUGUCUGAUCAAUAUAUUGAUCAACGACAGCGUGAACACAAUGAUUCCCAACACCAAAUAUGCACUGUCAGGUUUAUAAAAUCAAACGCGAGCCCACAUAAAUAGAAGAACAAAUCGACAAACCUUCUGAAAAUUCUUCGUAAACUAAAAGGAUCAUAGAUAAUGCUUUGAUCUUACCUUAAAUAUAUGACUUUACAAGAAGACAUAAUUCUUAAUGCUAAAUAUUUGCCAACUUGUAAGUUUCGCCCUCGUGCUAAUUCUUGGCAAGUUCCGAAGAGCAGCCGGUAGCUUCCGUAAAAACCAUAUCUAUGGUAAAAACCCGUCGAAUCUUCUACGUCACAAAACGUCAUAAAACUGAACAUCCAAACAUUGCUAAAUCCAAAUCAUUGUCGCAUUCAUAUAACUCGGUAAAGAGGUCUGGGAACAAAUCACAAGAAUAGGAAGCUGCCUGCGGCAGCAAUUAUUUGAAAUAUACAUGCAUGCAACCUCUACAAAGUGAAUAGUUGCUGUCAAAAACUAUCAAAUUGACAAUAUAAAGUUACAAAAACUAGAACAAUGCAUUUUAAACGAUGCAAUAUUUUAGUUAUAGAAUGCGUAUAACAUACCAAAAUAUGUUUAAAAUCACCUCAAAUUUCAAUAAUGCGAACGAAUUAUUACGCAAAUUUUGAAUAAAUUAAAUACCCAAAACUGGGGAUUUAAUUUUUACAGCAACGAGCAAUCGCGCCAAAGUUCACAGACCUUACUAAUUGUAAGGUCUGCGACACAAGCUACUUUUACAGUCAGUUCAUAAUCUUUAAGUAAUAUUUAAAGCACGCCCAUUAUUACAAAGUAUUGUAAUCCAUAGGCAUUAUCUUCUAUCAUCUGCAGAACGCGGUUGAAUCAGCUGCCAAACAAUAGACAUUACUGAAGCUUAUUACUGAUGCAAGAUUUACCGUAUAAUAUUUUGAUCUUUUGAAGAGAAAUUCAUGGCAGUAUCUACAGUAAUUAGAGAAUUUUAAUAAUCAAGCACAAAUAGGAAUCAAUAUAGUACGUAUUUUCAGCUUAACAGCUGGCCUCUGUAGCUCAGUUGGUUAGAGCGCUGCACCGGAAUCGCAGGGCCGUAGGUUCAAUUCCUACCAGAGAACCUUGUGCUGCAUUUUUCGCAGUCGUUCCUCGUCAGGUCUUAAAAUGUAUAUAUACUCACUUGGAUUACAAACCCUAAAAACAGCAUUCUUCUAUUUUUAAUUAGUGAUCUUUGACCGUUCAUCUUUCUUAGAAGUGUUUGAUUAUACAUUAUAACCUACGCAAAGUAGGUUAUAACGGCCCACUGUUCACUUACACAGAAUGCACCCUUAUAUCGCUGCCAGUGUGAACAAGUCGCAUUAUUUGCUUGCAAAAGAACGUGUAUUUGUGCACACGUACAUCAUGAGAUAUUGCAGACUUUCAGAUCUUUUGUUUUGUUUGUGUUAAAUUCAUUUAUACUCACUACAUGUUCUUUAUUAUUCCUUAGUACGAUCUAGUAUGUGAGAAUUCGAUAUUGCAGUCAGUUGCACAGUCAUGUUAUUGGGUUGGAAUGCUGUUUGGUUUACUUUCCGGUGGUUAUUUAUCAGACAAAUUUGGUAGAAAAAAGAUCUUUUACACUGGAUUAGUUUCCGUUACCAUUGCAACUUGGAUCAUGAUUUUCCCCAAAUCUUUCAUUGUAUUUAUCACAUGUCGAAUUGUCAUUGGCCUUGGAUCAGGUAAAUACACUGACCUCUAAAAGGUUAAGUAUGAUGGAUUAUGAUUUUCCCCAAAUCUUUCAUACCAACUCAACAAAAGCCAUGGCGGCCAUGUUGGUGUUCCAGACAAAAGAGUCUAAUUAAAAUUCUUUUGAAUUGGAACACCAACAUGGCGGCCGUUGAAUUGGAACACCAACAUGGCGGCUGUGACGUCAUGUGCAAACGCUCUAUUUAAUUAUCAAAUAUCGAAUUUACUGUUAUCGCUUAAAUCACGUGAACUACUGAAUACGCUGAUUUCAAACAAACAAUGCAUUUUUUUUUCAUUGACAUGUGCAUUAAUUCGCCAACUUGCUGCGAGUAUAAUGUUUGUUCUACAGUGUGUCGCAAAUGUCACUCUGACAGAAAUGGGAAUAUAAUCAUUUUUGAUUGAAAUUCUCUCAAAGUGAUAUAAGAUGUUAAAUAUUUUGUUGAGUUGACUAGCUUUUCUCUUUAUUUCAAUAACGCAACACAGAAAUAUUGCCUUUUGAUUUCAACAGCCAUUUUGCUCAAUUUUCCAACUGUAUUUAAACUGUUUGGAAAUGGGAAACCAAUUUCCCUCUGAUUUAAGUUCAUGCACUCGACAAUCAUUCUCAAUGACAAAUCGUGACUUAUUUCAACGACCAUUUAGCCUCGUCAGACGCAGUUAUUAUAAGUUCCGAGUCAAUUUAAACAACCUAUAGCUAUAUAAAGGCUCAAGCCGAGGAUAUGAAACAGGUAGAUAAGGAAAGUCUUAAAACAUUUUGUUCCCAGCUUGAUGUUAACUAAUGCGAUGUCACUAAAAUAGCCUCCAAGAUCGACGAAAUUCGUUCGUUCGUUUGUUUUGGAUUCAAAUUUAGAUCUAGCCAUGCAUUAUCGAAACGUGGCACACCGUUAACGACAAUGCAAUUCAUAUCCCUGGAUAUAAAUUAGUACGCAAAGACCGCACUCUUACUUCUCACGGUAGUGUUUGUAUUUAUAUUCGUGAAGAAUUUCAGUGUUUUCAGCUAGACGGCCUUGAAUCGGACAACAUGAAAUUCCUACAUCGUCGAUUAAACGUCAAAACUAGACUAAAACAACUAGUGGACUUUCCCACGCGAGGCGGGAACACUUUAGAUGUGAUAGUGAUAUACAAAAUAGGGGUUCUGGGACGGGUGGUGCACUAAACACCACCCAUGACGUCAUCACAAUAUCAUAUCAUACCAAUUACACACGCUUGUAAUGUAUUUAAAAAGUGUGGACCAAUGAUUACUAGCAUUUUAAGAAAAUUUUUAAAGUUUAAUACUUUGCUUAGUUUGCUAACACUUAUCCCCAUGUAAUGCUUGUGGGACGUAGAUAUUAUACGCAUGCGCAGUGAUAAGAGUUUGCAAAGAUUCCGGGGGGAAUUCUGCAUAGAAUAUCCCAGUUUAUUCAGAAUUCCCCAAACGACAAUAGAAAUAGAGUAUAAAAGGUGUAUUUGAAUUCAUCGUAUUACAAGGUUUUAUUAGAUUAUCUUAGAGUGUCCACUACUUUAACACCAUCCUUGGGUUUCCCUGGGGGUGUAUUCACCAUGUUUAGGACUAUUAAACAAGGUAUAAUAAAAAUCCAGACAUACAUAUGAAAAUUUUUAAACAGAACUAAGAGUUGCUAAGCCCAAGUUAAAAUAAAGAACAGAGAGUUAUUACAGAUUGUAUGCAAGAUAUAUCGAAAUUUUGUCGUUUGUGGCUCUCUAAAACGUAUACCGCCAAAGUCAUUAACAGUCAUUAAUGGAUUACAAGCAAAAUUUUAAUCUCUUAAGUGCUUAUUAUGGAUAGAUAGGGAUUAUUUAUUACCUUAAAAUCGGGCGCGUGGCUUUGCAGGCAAAAGUUCGCACAAGAUUUCACUUUUAAAAUACAUUUAUUUCUUCAAAAUGUUUUACAAAGUUAUGCUUCCAAUAUAUAUCUUCACUCUUUUGAGAUGUUUCACUAUCCGAUUCGUCAUCGUGGCCGCUUUCAUCAUCGUGCUGCUUUCAUCAUCCGAGAUAUUGAUAUCCUAAGAUACUGUGUGAUAUCCUAAGAUAUUGUAUGAUAUCCUAAGAUAUUGUAUGAUAUCCUAAGAUACUGAUAUCCUAAGAUAAUGAUAUCCUAAGAUAUUUAUAUCCUGAGAUAUUGAUAUCCUAACAUCUUGAUAUCCUAAGAUACUGAACAAUAUCCUAAUUAAGAUUUUGAUAUUCUAAGAUACUGUAUGAUAUCCUAAGAUAUUGUAUGAUAUCCCUAGAUAUUGUAUGAUAUCCUAAGAUACUGUAUGAUAUCCUAAGAUAUUGUAUGAUAUCCCAAGAUAUUGUAUGAUAUCCCAAGAUAUUGUAUGAUAUAGUAUACUCAGAUUCUGCAUGAUACCCCAAGAUAUUGUAUGAUACUGCAUUAUAUACUAAGAUAUAGGUAUCCUAAGAUAAUACAUUCAAUGAUUCAAUCAAUGAUUCAAUCUAUGAUUCAAUGAUUCAAUCUAUGAUUCAAUGAUUCAAUCUUAGGAUUCAAUGAAUCAAUCUUAGGAUUCAAUGAUUCAAUCUUACGAUUCAAUGAUUCAAUCUAUGAUUCAAUGAUUCAAUCUUAGGAUUCAAUGAUUCAAUCACAGGAUUUAAUGAUUCAAUCUUAUGAUUCAAUGAUUCAAUCUAGGAUUCUUACCUCAGAAUUCCGCAACAGUCUGUUUCAUCUGUAAAGAAUCAUCAGGCGGUAUGGCAAGUUUCGGCAUAUGACAAGUUUCGGCAUAUGACAAGUUUCGGCGGGUAUGAAACUUGUCAUACCUCCUGAUGAUUAUUUACAGAUGAAACAGACUGUUGCGGAAUUUUGAGGUAAGAAUCCUAGAUUGAAUCAUUGAAUCAUAAGAUUGAAUCAUUGAAUCAUAAGAUUGAGUCAUUAAAUCCUGUGAUUGAAUCAUUGAAUCCUAAGAUUGAAUCAUUGAAUCAUAAGAUUGAAUCAUUGAAUCCUAAGAUUGAAUCAUUAAAUCACAGAUUGAAUAAUUGAAUCCUAAGAUUGAAUCAUUGAAUCAUAGAUUGAAUCAUUGAAUCAUAGCUUGAAUAAUUGAAUCCUAAGAUUGAAUCAUUGAAUCCUAAGGGGCCGAUUACAUGGGCGAGUUGUCCCGGCUAAGCGAGUUGACUCGCUUUGCCGAGUUGACACGCUUCCUAUAUGUAUUGUCUAUUAUUUUGACAUUUCGAUUACAUGCAAAGUGAGUUGUCCCGCCUUGCCGGGACCACGGCUGUAGCUUGCCGAGUUAACUCGCUUAGCCGGGACAGAAAUUGCCCACACAUCCCAAGUAAUCGCUUUUUGCCGAGUUGGCUCUGCAAAGCGGGCUGAAAACCACAAUUAUGCAUGUUUUAAUUUCGAUUAUAUGUACAAAUAUAAGUUAAAAAAACUUCAAAUAACAUCAAAAUGAUAUUAAUGAACGUUUUCAAGGUUUAGAUAGGAAGCGACACAAUUUUGUUGGAAUACAAACAGUAUAAGCCUGUUGGGAUCAGCGCUAAGUAUAAAUACCUCAACCAACAACAUUCAGUGGGUAAAGUAGUCUUCAAAUACAACAAAUACACCAUUUUUAAUCGAUUUCUAACACCGAGUAUUAAAUUGUUAAGCAUUACAAAUCUUAAUGAGCUACUUCAGCCCGGCUAGCCGGGUUAGCGCGGUGCAUGUAAUCGCAAUUCAAAAGUCAACUCACUUAGCCAGGACAACUCGGCAAAGUGGGACAACUCGGUCCAUGUAAUCAGCCCCUAAGAAUGACUCAUUGAAUCCUACGAUUGAAUUAUUGAAUCAUAGAUUGAAUCAUAGAUUGAAUCAUUGAAUCAUAGCUCGAAUCAUUGAAUCAUAGCUCGAAUCAUUGAAUCCUAAGAUUGAAUCAUUGAAUCCUAAGAUUGAUUCAUUGAAUCCUAAGAUUGAAUCAUUGAAUCAUAGAUUGAAUCAUUGACUCAUAGAUUGAAUCAUUGAAUGUAUUAUCUUAGGAUACCUAUAUCUUAGUAUAUAAUGCAGUAUCAUAUCAUACAAUAUCUUGGGGUAUCAUGCAGAAUCUGAGUAUAUCGUACUAUACCGAACUUCUCUUGUUAAAUUGUUAACAGGUAUAUAACCACAGAAAUCACAAAGACAAAUUACAUUUAUUUGCAUAAAAAUAUAGAAUUCUCACGCUCACAACUCACUUGUUUUGUUUUGUCUCGUCUCACAUAAUCUAAUAAUAAACGAUCCCCAAUCAACAUGCUCUUAAUGUUUCUUUUAUGCAAACGUCAAUCAUGCUUACGUCACUUAUAUGGGGGGGGGGCACUAUUCCGUACACACUCCCCUAAAAAUUAAGGUUUAAUUUUUAUAACUUCAAACCCGAAUAUCAACGUAUAUAUUAAAUGUUCAGUCCUCUUCCAACUGCGUUAGUUCAUUUAUUUUCUUGAUUGCUUUCUUUGCGGCUUGUCUCUGAGGUCUCUUUUCUUUCUCCGAUUCCUUUUCUUCAACUUCUUUGUGUCGUUUUUUUGGUGUGCAGUGAAUCUCAAGCGGACAGAUCAAGUGUAGUGGUCGUUCAAUAGUAUGCCCUUUGUGCAACAGCACAACUCCUCUGACUACACCGUCCUUUCCACGAACUUGUCGAAGCACUUUCCCUUUUUUCCAUUCUCCCCUGUUCUUCUCUUCUCCCACUACCAGGACAACGUCUCCAUUCUGUGGUGCUUCGACAAGCUUGUUAUUGACUCGUUGGCUCUCCAGUAAACUAUGCACAUAUUCUUGCUUCCAUCGUUUCCAUGCAUCAUCUUUUGCUUUUCUAAGUCUUCUUUGCAUCUUGGUUAGCUCGUCUUCUUCAUCUUCAACAUCGUCGAACAUGUAAGAGUUUUCUCCCCGAAUGAGUAUGUUUGGUGUCAGGACUUGUUAACCACCAUCACAUUCUACGCACGUUAACGGACGGUUGUUCAUGUUGCUUUCGAUGUUCAAUACGACCGAUUCCAACCCUUUUCGAAGAAUAGGUGUGAUUUUCCCAAGGUUUUGUGUAAGGUUUUCUUGAUUUCACGAAUCAGCCUCUCGUAGAUGCCUCCCCACCAUGGGGACUUUGCCAGAUUAAAUCUCCAAUGGAUAUCUUGGGUUGCGAGGAAAUCCUGAAGCUUCUCACUUUUUCGAAUUAGCUUAGUCCACUUUGCAGUCGCUUUGAAAGUAGCAGCAUUCUCGGAAAUCAUCAAGCGAGGUCUUCCUCUACGUGCGAUAAAUGCGUUAAGUUUUCGCUGAAAUUCACAAGCUUCUUGAGUUUUAGUUAGUUCCAAAUGAACGGCUCUGCACGCAGUGCAAGUAAAAAUUAGAACGUAACACUUUCCUUCUUCCUUUUUGUUGACCUUGUGCCUUAACGGUCCGGCGAAAUCCAAGCCAGUGAUCUCAAAUGGCUUGCUGGUCUCAGUUCUAAAUUUAGGCACGUUGCUUGUCGCUGUCGCUCCGUGUGGUUUCGUGGAGUACAGUUUGCAAACGUUUCAAUUCUUUAUCACCUUCUUUACCUUCGAUCUUAGUUGAGGGAUCCACCAGUUUUCUCGCAAGGCGGCCAUUGUAUUUGCAACGUCCAGGUGCAUAAUUUGAUUGUGUGUAUGUGUGAUAAGCUUCUCUGCAAACAAUCCUCUUUCGAUAAAUGUUGGAGUAUAUCCCCGAACUCUUCCCCUGCAUUUGAGAAUGUUUGUGUUCUUGUCUUCGAAGAUUUUCCAGCCAGGUGCUUGUAGAGUGGGGUUAAUAUUUCUCUGAAUCCUUAUCACCCAUGUAUUCUUUGCUUUCACGAUUUCUUCGUUUCCAAUGGGCUCAGAUUUUCUUUUCUCUUUACGUCGUUUCGCCAAACAAUUGUGCAGGAAUCUCAGUGCCCACGCUGUAACUCUUAAUGUGCGCCAAUAUGAACUUCUUCCCAGCAGCGCAUCCCAUUCAUCAGGCUCUCGUUCUUUGGUAAAAAGGACCUCCACCAUGCUGGGUUUGCUCUCUUCGCUCACGUGUGUAGUAACCUUAAGCUGGGGUUGUUUGGGCCACUGUUCUACAUGUAACAACCACUCAGGACCAGUGAACCAUCCGUCUUUUACCAUUUUCUCAAUUGUAGCUCCCCUGCUGCCUAGAUCCGCCAAGUUCUCACUUGAUGGACAAUACUUCCACACCAAACCAAUCUCGUUGGUAAUUUCUGCUAUCUUCUUAACUCUAUUAGUGACGAAGGUCUUCCAAGGCUUUCCGGGGUUACUUAACCAGUAAAGCGCGACCAUACUGUCCACCCAGAUGAUGAUGAUAGACUUAACAGGCAAUCGCAGUAGCGCAUGGUAUAAAUUCCUUGCCAUGUUCGCCGCCAUUUGACCACUCACAAGUUCCAACCUCGGUAUUGUGGUGUUCUUUUUGGAAAUUCGAGAUUUGAACGUUAACAGACCUUUCACAGUUCCUGAUUUGUGCUCCACCACUGCGGCUGUUGCUGCACAGCAAGCAAGGUUACUAGCAUCUGCAAACAAAUGGAGUUGAAUGCCUUCAAUCACGUCCGAUUUCUUAGUUAUAGCUCUAGGAACUUUAACAUUCUUCAUGUGAUUGUUCCACUUGAUCCACUUCCUUUUCAAGGAUUCUGACACUUCAGCGUUCCAACCUUUCCUCUCUUCACAGGCAUCUCGAAAUAUGUGCUUACCCUCAGCCAUGGUAGGCGAUACCAUUCCUAAAGGAUCGUAGACUCUUCCUAACCGACUCAAAAUGCUCCUCUUUGUUACAGGUUGGUUCUCAGGCAUGGUUGCUGCUUCGAAUUCUAAUGUAUCUUCUUGUUUAUUCCAGACGUGUCCGAGUAUUUUACUUGGGUUUGGCAUGUUUUCGUCUUCGAGGCACGCGAUGUUUGAUUCCCACUUGUGGAUUGGGAAUUUGACAUCCUCAAGAAUGAUGGAGCUUUCUUCUUUAAAUUUCCUCAAGUCGUCAGUAUCACUUCCAGUUUUCAUGAUGUUAUCAACAUAUGUAUUCUCUUUAAGAGCUGUCACAGUUUCCUCAAAUCUUGUCGGCUGUUGCUCAAGGUGGUAUCCCAACGUUGCUCCAAGCAGAAAGGGACUGGCUUCGACGCCGAAUGGUAAUCUUGCAAACUGGAAAUGUUCCUCCUUUCCAUCGAUUUCGAACAGGAAUCGAAAAGCAUCUCUGUCCGUUUCCUUAACUCCUAUUUGCAAAAAGGCUUUCUGGAUAUCUGCCAGAAGUAGAUUUGGUGUCAUACGCGCUCUGAUCAAGAUGUCCCAAAGUAGUGGUUGCAAGGACGGUCCAGUGAACAUACAUUCGUUAAUACUGUUAGCCAAUGGGGCUGGUUUAGCGCUGACAUCAAAAACCAUUCUGAUCUUUGUUGUUGUUGUUGUUGUUGUUGCGUUUUCCCUGAUCACAGGCUUGUGAGGCAUGUAAUAUGUACGUUUUCCUGCUGGCUUUUCUGGAGCUUUUUCUACGAUGCCAUUGGCAAGCUCAUCUUUAACUAUCUUUUCAUACUCUACUUUUAAUGAUCGAUCUUUACUCAACUUCUUGUUGACAUUGGCUAGGCGUAUUCUGCUCGGCUGUUCGUUAGUACUGUACAAUCUGGCUCCAGGAAUCCAUGGUAUACUUACUUCAUAUCGACCGUCCUCUUGCCUUGUUACACUUUCUCGAAAGUCAGUCAGCACCUCCAUCUGGUCUUUCUCGCUGCGGUCCUCAACACCGAGUACAUCCAAACUGUAAAGCUGCUCGCACUCAUUGGUCUCCCGAACAAACAUGCACUGGUCGCUACUGUAAUAAUCUCCCUCAUGGAUAAGCCAACCGAAAGUGGUUUCUUCGACUACUGGAUCUCCUUCGUUUCCCUUGAGCACUUGUUCUGUUCUGAUUCUGCUGUAAGUUUUAUCUCCCAAGAUGAGGUGUAUUGGAUAGUUGCCUGAACGCACCAUGUAGAACAUCUUAUCCUUUGCAUGACAAAAUUUCUGUUUCAACUGGCUAAUGUCGGGUCUUCGUACUGUUGUGAAGUCGCGCAUCUUGGAACCGGUUACUUGAAUCUCUUCUUGCAGUUCCAUCCAGGGAAUUAAUACUGACUUGGUAGAUUGGCAUAGAUUGCUUACUGAUACCAUUCAAUGUUACAAUUUCUCUAGAAUCAUAGUGAACUGGGGUUAACUUCAGUUUCUUUGCUGCAUCCCGCUAGAUGAAAUUCCUUCCAGACCCUGUGUCAAGAAACGCCCACAAUGUUUCUUCGCCUAUUUUGACAGGAACUAUGUCUGGGACGGACUUUUCUUCUACAAAGGUACUGUAACCAUGUAACACAGGCUCUGUAGCUGGUUUAUCUGGUUUCUUGUCACACAAGCUGAUAUGGUGUUUCGAUCCACAUUUAAAACAGGCACGACUACGACAUUGGUUUCCCCGGUGCCCUGCUCGCCCACAAUUAAAACACAAGUUCUUUUCGACGAAAAACUUCUUUCUUUGUUCCAUUGUCGAAAGUGUCUUACAACCUUUUCAUAGUUCGACCCUUUCACCGCAGCUAGAUUGAUUAUUUCGUCCAAAUGGGCAUUAAUUACCGAUUUGGUUUGACCAUAUUCUUGCUUAAGUCGAUCCCAUGCCAUUUUAUAUCCCAAAGUACUUGGUUUUAGAUUUGAUAUGCGAUCUCUUACCUUUGGCACAACUGAUUCAAGGAGAUAUCCAAACUUUUCUUCAUCUGAGAUGGGUCUUUUAUCGACUUGUGUGAGAAACAUAUUCUCAAAACGAACCCAAUCUGCGGCAGUUCCUUUAAAUGCAGUGAUUUUCAGUUGAGGAAGUUUCGCUAGACUGCUUUUCGCAAAUUUCUCCAUUUCGAUUUUCAUUUCCGUCAUUUGCAGCUCAGCGGCGAACUUUUCUUCCCACAUCAACUUUUCUCGCUCUCGUAAUUCGAUCAAACGUUGUUCAUCCUUCUCGCGUUGCACAUUUUGUUUACCGCUCUGCUUCGUCGUCAAUUUCCCUCUGCCUUUUUUCAAGAAUUUGCGAAAGCUUGUUCAUUUUUGGCACCCAUUGCGCGUAUAUUUAUCCUUCGUGUCCUUUUUCCAUUGUCGUAUUGCUCUCUGAGUUUCACCUCCUGGAUCAAUUUUAAGCUCUUGUACACUUGCAACAAGAUUAUUUACCUUGUCAAAAAUGGCGUCUGUUCGUUUCUUUACAACUUCGAUCUCUGCGUAAUCGCCUUCUUCAAUAAUAUCGUCAAUUGGCUAGAGAUAGUACUUUAGUUUUUCGAUUUCCUUGUCUAUUUCAACCUCCUUCUGUUUUUCUGCUGUCUCCUCGCUCAUUGUUAUAUCUUCCACGUCGUACAAAUCGAUAAAUUCUCGUAUUUACAUGACCAAAUAAUGUGUUGUUGUCGUUAAAUCACUCGUUAAAUAUUUAAAUUACCGUUUGAUUUUUGUUCAAUCCUGGUCACGGCACCACUUAUAUACCGAACUUCUCUUGUUAAAUUGUUAACAGGUAUAUAACCACAGAAAUCACAAAGACAAAUUACAUUUAUUUGUAUAAAAAUAUAGAAUUCUCACGCUCACAACUCACUUGUUUUGUUUUGUUUUGUUUUGUUUUGUUUUGUUUUGUUUUGUUUUGUUUUGUUUUGUUUUGUUUUGUUUUGUUUUGUUUUGUCUCGUCUCACAUAAUCUAAUAAUAAACGACCCCCCAUCAACAUGUUAUUAAUGUUUCUUUUAUGCAAACGUCAAUCAUGCUUACGUCACUUAUAUUGGGGGGGGGGGUCCACUAUUCCGUACAAUACAAUAUCUUGGGAUAUCAUGCAGUAUCUUAGGAUAUCAUACAAUAUCUUAGGAUAUCAUACAAUAUCUUAGGAUAUCAUACAGUGUCUUAGGAUAUCAUACAAUAUCUAGGGAUAUCAUACAUUAUUAUAUACACAAGGUCUGGAUAUAAUAAUAAUAAUAAUAAUAAACAUUUAUAUAGCGCACAAACCAAGACUGUUCUAGGCGCUUUACAGUAAUACAAAAUCCAAUCUUAAAAACUAGUGUUAAGAAUGUUAAAACUAUAGAAUACAUCAUACACUAUUUAAAAACAAGUUAAAAAGAUAUGUUUUAAGAAACUUCUUAAAAAUGGUUAAUGAUUCACACAUCCGAAGAUGAACAGGUAAAUCAUUCCACAAUCUUGGUCCAGCAACACAGAACGAUCUGUCUCCGUAUGUCUUUAGUCUAGAAUAAGGAAUCUGGAGCAAUUAUAUGAGGUAUGAGGUAUUCUGCAAUCUGAUUGGUUCUCUACUAGCAGGAUAUUAGCUAAUAUCCUGCUAGUAGUAGAGAAAAACAAAAUGGCGGCCAAACUGAAUUUACGAUGUUUUGCAAACGAGAAAACGGCAAGUUGUCGCUUUUUAUAGCCUUUACAGGAUUAAAAACACAAUCAAAAAGCUCCCACAAGUUGUUUUCAGGUUAGCAAAUAAUUUUUUUUAAUUUAAAAUGGUUAAAAAUAUAUAUUUUUGAAAAAAUAAUCGGCUGAAAGAGUGAAGAUAAAAACAUAAACAAAAUAGAAAAAUAUUGAAAAUAUUCGAAAAGCAAAGUCUGUGAAAUCAGACCUUGUGUAUAUAAUAAAACAGUUAUUCCACUCACUCUCGUCGAAUAUGAGCGAUAGCCGAUUCGGCGCUACGCGCCUCAUCGGCUAUCAGCUCAUAUUCGACUCGAGUUCGUAGAAUAACUGUUAAAUAUCUUAGGAUAUCAUACAGUAUCUUAGGAUAUCAUAUAGUAUUUUACAAUAUCAUACAAUAUCUUCGGAAAUCAUACAGUAUCUUACAAUAUCAUACAAUAUCUUAGGAUAUCACACAGUAUCUUAGGAUAUCAAUAUCUCGGAUGAUGAAAGCAGCUAUGAUGACGAAUCGGAUAGUGAAACAUCUCAAAAGAGUGAAUAUAUAUAAUAGAAGCAUAACUUUGUAAAACAUUUUGAAGAAAUAAAUGUGUUUUAAAAGUGAAAUCUUGUGCGAACUUUUGCCUGCAAAGCCACGCGCCCGAUUUUAAUGUAAUAAAUAACCCUAUCUAUCCAUAAUAAGCACUUAAGAGAUUAAAAUUUUGCUUGUAAUCCAUUAAUGACUGUUAAUGACUUUGGCGGUAUAAGUUUUAGAGAGCCACAAACGACAAUAUUUCGAUAUAUCUUGCAUAUAAUCUGUAAUAACUCUCUGUUCUUUAGUAUUUUUUUUCCUGUCUCAAGCUCGCUGGGUGAAAUAAAAAAAAUUGUAUAUAUCCACACGGGGUGGGUGGGUUAAUCACUUUUUAAUGACUCUGUAAUAUGCAAAUAUCGGCCAUAACAACGGCGUUGACAACGAUUUUAACUUGGGCUUAGCAACUCUUAGUUCUGUUUAAAAAUUUUCAUAUGUAUGUCUGGAUUUUUAUUAUACCUUGUUUAAUAGUCCUAAACAUGGUGAAUACAUCCCCAGGGAAACCCAAGGAUGGUGUUAAAGUAGUGGACACUCUAAGAUAAUCUAAUAAAACCUUGUAAUACGAUGAAUUCAAAUACACCUUUAAUACUCUAUUUCUAUUGUCGUUUAUGAUUUUGGUGAAUUCUGAAUAAACUGGGAUAUUCUCUGCAGAAUUCCCCCCGGAAUCUUUGCAAACUCUUAUAAGUCAGAAAUUAAUUUUCGUAACACACAAUUCUCACUGCGCAUGCGUAUACUAUCUACGUCCCACAAGCAUAGAAUAAAGAUCCACAUAGAAGGGCAACUUACGUCGGAAGCUUUGAAGUUUCUGUCCUCGCGCAUGUCGCAUUACGCAUGUUGGCCGCCAUUUUCCUAGCCAGUCAAUGACAUUUUCUGGCCAAUAAACACGCUGUACUGGCUGGCUGCUCCGCCUUCUGGCCAGUAAACUGCAUAUUUUUGCAUAAAAAAACGAGGACACGUUGCACCGCUGAGUUGCCCUUCUGUUACUGAUCUUUAUUCUGUGCCACAAGCAUUACAACAACUUUAGUAGAAUAUAUAUCGAGAACGUGUUAAAAUUCACUCAGUUUGUUAGAAGGAAUAUACGUGGGGAUAAGUGUUAGCAAAGUAUUAAACUUUAAAAAUGUUCUUAAAAUGCUAGUAAUCAUUGGUCCACACUUUUUAAAUACAUUACAAGCGCGUGUAAUUGGUAUAUGAUAUUGUGAUGACGUCAUGGGUGGUGCUUAGUGCACCCCUAUUUUGUAUACUACAUGUGAUCGUCACAAACAUGCCAACCUUUUACGAACCAGGUAACGUGAUUCGUACAGUGCUAUUCGACUUCGAAAGGCGUUUGAUCUUCUUGACCACAACCGUUUGAUAACGAAAUUAAAAUCUCUCGAUCUUCCAUCUUUGGCUAUCAAUUGGAUUAUUGAUUUUCUAAUUGACCGAAAACAACGGAUAAAGCUAACAUCUAACUGUUAUUCUAUAAAUGGGGUCAAGUGCACUCAGGUGUGCCGCAGGGGACAAAAUUGGGUCCUUGGCUAUAUACUAAUGAUUAAUGAUCUAACAACAACCCGUAUACAAAACCUUGGAAAUAUGUUGAUGACACCACUCCAUCUGAAGUCGUUCAUAAAGGAAAGCCAACUUCUAUUCAGGAACCCGUUGACGAAGUUCAAGAACGGACAUGCUCGAAUUUGGACGAACUCAAAGAGGAUAAAUGUAAAGAGCUCAGAAUCGGUUUUUCGCGGAAGCAAACUCAAGUAAAUCAUCUCAACCCCAUCCGAAUCAACGGCAAAGAGAUUGAGAUGGUAAGCCACGCGAAAAUUUCUGGUCUUACAGUCAGCAGUGACUGCAAGUGAAAAAUUCACGUUGAUAACAUCGUAUCCAAGGCCAGUAAGCGACUAUAUCUAAUCACACAGUUAAACUGAGAGAGCUCGAGUUCUUGCAAAUGAAAUUAUUCAAAUACUGGAAUACGCCUCACUUGUCUUUCAUAACUCCUUACCGCAAUAUUUAAAUUUGGAUAUUGAAGGAGUUCGAAAACGAUGUAUGAAAGGACAUUGGCAACCAAAAUUUUUAUUACUUAUAUCUAUUAGGUAUACUAAGGAAUAUUUAAUUUCAUAUAUUUAUAAACAAUACCGUGUAUUUUGAGCCAAAACAAAAGGCAGAAAAGUUUUACCAAGUAUGUAACUUGUUUGUAACACUAUUUCUCAUAGUAUAUAUCCGUGUAACAAGGCAAAUACUAAUGCAAUAUUUUAUGAUCAAUUACCUGUAUUGUAAAUUGCGUCAUUCCUUGCUUUCCCAGUUGCUCGAUAUGUUUUUAUCUGAUAGUGUAGACUUCUCUUGUUUGAUUGCGAAGAGUGUUGGCCAGUAUAACGCUCAAAAACGACAUAUUUUUAGCUAACAUAACACGCACGCAAUAGAAUUUAUUCUCUCUUGUAGUUUUGGUGCUACCCAGCCAAUGACGUCAAAGUUCAUUGACCUUCGAGAUCAUUUUUCAAAAAAAUUUUCCAAGAUGGCGGCGAAACACAAAGUUUGCAUGCAUUUUACUCGUAGACUAAAAUGUUCGAGAAGGAAAUGAUAAUAUUUUCAUAGUUUGGUUGUCAAGUAGGAUUGAAAUAGCCAAUAGAAAUUUUCGUUGCCAUUGUCCUUUAGAAGGAUAUUUCCUGGCGUUUCAUACACGAAGGCGGCCUCAAAUUAGCUAAACUAGAAACCCUAUGUGAUCACCGAUCGGAAGCGUACGAAAAACUCCAAGCCUAUUCUGAUACUAUGCAGCCAUAAACUACACAACCUGAUUCUAGCCUGCGAACAGGCUCUCAAGCUGAAUUGAGAGCCUGCAUCGAUGACUAAUGAAUUUGAAUAUCUGCGUCUCAAAUCGUGACGCGAAAUUCUCAUUGGUCAGAUGCUAAUUUAUAUGUCUCCGCUGAGCUCUAUAUAUGUCAACUGCUGAAGCACUAUGCAUAAAAAACACAUUAACUGAUCAAAUUGGUCUUGGCCAUCUUUCUCAAAGCACGAAAUGUUCUGUUUUGAGAAAACAGUAUUUAAAACAUUUGAACUUUUGCUUGAAUAUCUUAUAUUUCGAAAAACAGUAUAAACUGUACGGUCUAAAUUUAGUUUGCACGGUCUAAAUUUAGUUUGCACGAAAGUUGUAAACAACACCAUAUAAGGAUAGACAUUCCAUAUUUGGAACUAGGGAUCCAAGGAUAGUGUGAAGUUUCAAACUGCAAGAACUAUAUAGGGUCGCCGACAACCUAGAAAAGCUUGAUGGCUUACACUACGAAAUCAACAGUUACCAAAGGCAUUUCAUCUCAUUAUUUAUUGCUUUUAAUACGCUCGGCACACGAGUAGCGUGACGUUUGAAACAAGCCUAACACAUCAGAAACGUGCCUUGUGAAACUGAUGCAAUUCAUCUAUUUAUUGUGUCACCAACAACCAAAUUUUGCAUAUUCUAAAUUUUCAUUUGCAUUUGCAUUUGCAUUUGCAGCUGUCGCUGAAAGCAUCCCCACGAGGCUACUGCUAUGCUAAAUUUAUCUAAUAAACUAUAAUUGAAAUAGCUGUAUAAGAUAUGUUAUGAAUAAUAAGCACUACGUCGUUACAUCAUUAAAAGACGCAUUUUAUCCUCAUCCGUUCCGUAUUUUAUCCGCAUAUCCGUUCCGUGAAUCCGCUCCAUCCGCUUCCGCAUUUUAACUUAAUUGUGACAUGUUUCACAAUAACAAGUUUCAUUGACCUUUGACUUUUCCCAGUGUGACGUGUGUCUAUUUUCAGCUUUUCGCAUGUGUUGAAUAUAAAUAUCACUUUAGAUUUCAAUAACCAUCUAUUCUGUGAUGUAGCACCUUAUACAGUCAAUGAGAAUGUAUAAUGAAUACACGGUCUAAAUAAUAUCGACGGUAAUGCAUAACAUCAAUUUAUUUAUUGUAUUACUAUUAUUGCGUAGAAUCUCAAAGAUUUUCUCAAUAUUCAUGUCUGAAAUGUUUAUAUACUUGAAAACAACACUGUCUCGCUUCUGCCUGCACGUACUGUACCUCUGUAUAAUGAGUAUGCCGUGAAAAAAUAAUAUCGGCACUCAAUUGAAUGCCUAGAACAGUAGAAGCAAGAUUUUCGACUCAAUAUUUAGGUCUGAAAUGUUUAUACACUUAACUGCACUGUCUAGGCGGUCUAGCUCCUUCCUAGCUCUGUAUAAUGAAUAUACUGUCUAAAUAUUAUCGGCACUUAUUAAAUUGAACGCCCGUAAUGCAUAAGAUCAAUUUAUAUAUUGUGUAGAUUUUCAAAGAUUUACUCAAUAUUCACGUCUGAAAUCUUUAUAUACUUGAAAUUUGAAAACAACACUGUCUCGUUUCUGCCUACAUACUGUACGUCUGUAUAAUGAGAAUACCGUGAAAAUAAUAUCGGCACUCAAAUGAAUGCCUAGAAUCAAGAUAUUCGACUCAAUAUUUACGUCUGAAAUGUUUACACACUUGACUGCACUGUCUAGGCGGUCUAGCUCCUUCCCAGCUCUGUAUAAUGAAUAUACCGUCUAAAUAUUAUCGGCACUUAAUUGAACGCCCGUAAUGCAUAAGAUCAAUUUAUAUAUUGCGUAGAUUUUCAAAGAUUUACUCAAUAUUCACGUCUGAAAUCUUUAUACAUUUGAAAACAACACUGUCACCCCUUCCUAGCAUAUCGUCACGCCAUCGUGAUCUACGGCUUGAUAGUGCAUGCGCAUUUGCGCUACUAAAGAAAAAAUCGUGUGUUCCGGGGUAAAGAUCCUUUACACAACAUGAGAAGCGAAUGUUCUAAAAUUUACAAAAAAUUACAAUAACGAAAGCGAUUCCUCGAAAUUUUUGUGAACUUGGCAAAAGGAUAACAGAAUAUGUAAAUAAGUUAACUGAAAUUGCCUAAAUAACCUUCAAAGUACUGACUAAGUACAAUAAAUCACUACGAACAUAAAUCGUAUACACCCCCCGGAAAGUUUACUCUAUGACUGACUGACUGUUUGACUGAUUCGUGUGAAUUCGCCAGCCAUCACAAUAGUGUGAAGUGAAACUUCACACUAAAAACGAACGUUACGGGGCAGAUAUUCAAAUUCAUUAGUCAUCGAUGCAGGCUCUCAAUUCAGCUUGAGAGCCUGUUCGCAGGCUACCUGAUUCCGAAGGAGAACUCAUGCCAAUAUUCCCUAAGAAGAUGCCGUAAACGUUUCCAAAUUCUGGGGAGGUGUUUGGUACACUCGUGAUUUGAGGUACCCCCACAAAGAGAGGCCAUUCUCUUGGAUGUCCAAAGGCUUAACUCCGUUCCUGAAAAGUUCUUGCAGACACCAACCAUGUUGGUAUGUAAACAUAAAUGCGAAUGUAGCUUUCUGAGAUAUUGAAUAUUUGACACGAAGAGUUUAAUACACGUUCCUAUAACAGAUAGUAUAGAUGGAAAUGCUAGCCAACAUUGUUAACUUCUUGUUUCAUCAAAAAUCACCCCUCAACAGUGAGGAUUUUGUUAUUAUAUACUGUAGAGUUGAGAAAAGGAAGAAUAUUAAAUUUCAUUUUGACUCUAUAGGCUUUCGCAACGCUACCAGUUUUGUUAUGCUCACUGAAUUUACAACGGAAAAACAUCGUGCAAAGAUUGGUGUUGGUUCUUUCUAUUUUUGGGUGGCUGGUUUAAUGGUUUUGCCUUUAAUUGGUUAUUUUGUUACUGAAUGGAGAUAUUUCCUACUGGCGACUGCUUGCUUUGCUAUACCUUGUUUGUUUGCAUGGUGGUAAGUUGUCUUCUCUCGUUCAUUUCGUAAAAGUAUUAAAUACACACCACUCUGAAAAGAUAUUGCCGAAAAUAAUUUUUAAAAAUUACUACUUUUUAAACUAAAUGCUACUUGCGAAUAUUUGAAAAAGAAUAUUCAAUUGAUAUCAAUAGAAACCCAAACGAGAGAUGCUUCAAGGCCGUUUUACACAGCACAACCUUUGCAUAAAACUGUCAGCAACCAAAGCAACCUGCAUGCUUACAACUUGAGUUGUACUGUGUAAAUCAAGGACACUUGAGUUGUACUGUAUAAAUCAAUUAAGGACACUGUGUAAAUCAAGGACACAACUGGCCUACCUUGUCGUUGGUGAUGAUGAAACCAAUGAUCGUGUUGCCAUGGCUUACAUGACGCGAGCAACACGAGUUUGCGUUCAGUGUUUCGUUUUUCGUUUCAUAUCUUCUUGCUUGCGUCGAAAGAAUAAUUAUGUAUUUCAGUUUUAAAACAGCAAGUUCAUUUACUUUUUAUUGCCUGCAUGAUACCGUAAAAUGUUUCUUUGCCUGCCGUUUGCCGUAUAACGUGUAACGCGAAGCUUAAACUCUCUAAUGAAUAUUUAUUUGACCCACGUGUAUCCCACACCGCAAUGCGUAUACCAAAUGUUUCGAUAGAUUGAAAAUUGCGCGACGUAAGCACUUUCAGGGUUAUUCUGAAUACUUUAUAUGUUGAGCCAAUGUUUGGAAAACAAAGACGAGGGUUACUGCAUGCAGGUUUUUCUAGUAUAUGGUAAUGGUAAUGGUUUUACUUACAUUUGCAGCAGGGUGAAUACUAAAUUUGACUUAUAUCCUUGCAGGUUUAUUCCGGAAAGUGCACGAUGGUUACAACUUCGUGGUAGGGAGGAUGAGGCAAGACAACAACUCGCAAAAAUAGCUGCCAUAAAUGGAAAAGAAAUGCCAAACGAACACCUAAAGAAAGUUGAAGGAAGUGGUGAAGCUGGAAAUUUUAAACAUCUCUUUUACAACUGGAAAGUGGCAAAGAUCACAUUGAUCAGUUGGAACUUGUGGUAGGUUAUAACUGUAUUUCCCAAACAUUCGUUUCAACAUGUUAUUGUGUAUAAGGUUCGAUCGGUUGUAAAAUUCGACUUUUCAUGGACGCUUCCUGAAAUUUUAAUUAAAUGGAACCGCUUUUGCCCAUAAACUAUUUAGCUUACAGUAAUACUGUAGCGUUUGGAAUGAAUCCAGUUCAAAUCAUGGAGUUUGCUCUUGAAAAUAAUUUUUCUUGCUUUUUAAAGCUUUUUUAAAAAUAAGAUUAGGUAAUUUAAGAAACUUGCACUACGGUUCUUACACCUACUCCAAAAUUAAGUGGAAACUGGAAAACUAACGAUCGCCUUCUUCACAUGCGCUGCUGCACCAUGUGAAGGUCACACACAAUUCCUGCAGGGCCUGCGGAAUCUUGUAACAAAUUAGUCAUAACUUUUUCAAUUAAAUACGCCAAUAAUAAAUUGUAGCUAAUAAUUAUCUAGCGAUCGUUUCAGGCAAUCAUAAUACAGCUAAAUUGUAUCUGAAUGGUCAGGUGCAUUUUUCUUUGGCAUGUACAUUACACUUUAUAAGCAAAACUGUCUUUUACGUCCUUUUACAAUUUUUUAAGCCUUCAGGGUAAACGUUUGUACUAGUUCUUGCUGUCAAAUAAAACUUUAGUGUUCCAAACACUAAAACUGUGCCUAUGGAAUCCUUUACCGGCUGAUACUUUUAGCAAAUAUAAAACUAAUGUUAUUCUGAAAAAAGUGUGCAUGAAAAUACUUUAUACACAAUCUAUUUUUAAAAACUGUAUAUUUCGAAUCAAUUUCAAUCCAUCUUCAGCAGAUAUUUACAAGAAAUGGCGUAUAGUUAUAAAAGCUUGUGUGUGCAAUUCAUGCGGAAGAAUCAAAGCGAAUUAACGUUCAACUUGGUUAAAGCUGUUCUUCUGUUCAGCGGUAAUCCAUUCAAUUAAAUAACUGCAAUUCCACCCAUGAAUCAAAGUCACGCGCCCAAUAAAUAGCAUCUUUGUUUAAAUUUUCAGGUUUGCUAACGCCUUAGUUUACUAUGGUGUUUCUUAUGGUUCAGUGGAUCUUGGUGGAAACAAAUAUGUAAACUUCGCAUUAUCCAGCAUUGUUGAACUUCCCUCGAAUAUUUUAUGCGUCGUGGCUGCUGACAGGUGAGCUGAUACAGGCAACCUUUAAUCUUUAUAAAUCAUCUGAUCAGUGAUACAGUAGGGUCUUAAUGGGGUUUAUUGUUUAGUGUUAUUUCCUCUUUUUUCUAAUAAAAGUGUUUAUAUAGACCUCAUACACAGGCGCAAGUAUAGAAAAUGAAUAGUUGUUCCUGUCUACACAUGGGCCACUAGGCCUUCCAUUUUUACUGAUCAGUUCAGCAUUUCCAGCGCUUUUUCAUACAGGGAGCCUUGGUUUGACAAGCAUGGGAUCUUGGUUUGACAAGCAUAUGUCAAUGUCAGUUCAUGUAGGCAAGAUGUGCAGUAAAGCAUUCAGAC